AGGAAAUGCCUGCAGCGGCGCCGGCUCUGCUGCGCUGGCCCCAUCUGGCCUCCACGUGUGGGUUCGGCUCCGUGCCUUGAGGAGAAGCGAGAGCCUUCGCCACGUCCGCUCGCUGGCCUCCGUGUCCGGGCCCGUUGAACCUGGCGCCUUUUCCCCCCUCACGGCCCCGUUUCUGUCCGCAGGGCCCGAGCCAUCCAUCCUGCAGGAGAUCAGCGAGGAGCACAAUCUGGUGCCUCAGCCCCCCCUGCCCAAGUACAUCCACCCCUCGGACGAGCUGAUCCUGGAGGAUGAGCUGCAGCGCAUCAAGCUGGAGGGAGCGGUGGAGGUGCAGAGGCUGGUGACAGGGACCAUCUUGGCCGUGUACGGCUGCGAGCAGGACGACGGCAAGUUCCUGGUGCAGGAUCACUGCUUCGCUGGCCUCCCCCCGCCACUGCCAUGGAAAGGGCCCAGCUCAGACCGGUUCGUGCUGCUGGUGUCAGGGCUGGGGCUGGGCAGCGGCAGCGGCGAGGCCCUGCUGAGCACGCAGCUGCUGGUGGACGCGGUGACGGGGCAGCUGGGCGCCGAGGGCCAGCAGAGCUGCGCCGCCCUCAUCUCCCGCGUCCUCCUGGCCGGGAACCUGCUGAGCCAGAGCACGCAGAGCCGCGACACCAUCAACAAGGCCAAGUACUUGACCAAGAAGACGCAGGCGGCCAGCGUGGAGGCGGUGAAGAUGCUGGAUGAGAUCCUGCUGCAGCUCUGCGUGAGUGUGUUUUUUUUCUCCCAGGCAGGGGAGCAGCGCUGUGCCAGCACCCCGGGGUGGCAAACAGCCCUUCCCUGUGAGCACCGCAUCUGCGUGAGGUGGCAGCGCAGGUACGGCCAUCUGAAUGUCUGAAUCUGCCCUUCCUGCCCCCAAAACUGCAGGUUUCUGGGGACGUCAGGACAGAACGUCAGUGAUAUCUUCAAGUACAGCAGCAUGGACGAUUACCUGGAGAUCCUGGAGUGGACGCUGCUGGCGGGGCACAUCCCGGACACCCUGGGCUGCUACCCCUUUUACAAAUCGGACCCUUUCAUCCUCACCGAGUGCCCCCACGUCUACUUCUGCGGCAACGCUCCCCGCUUCCAGUCCAAGCUGCUCCAAG